CUGAAUAAUAAUCAUGCAGAACACACGAAGGCUUCGUAAACACACACACGCAGGAUUUAGUUACUAUAACUUUGGCGUAAUUCCUCUAGGAAAUGGGAGGGGAAGCGGCUUCCUGUACGACCUUUAUUACGACUGCGCAGAUUCACAUUCAUCGAACUUUCGCGUUACGCACGCACAGUGUCGCUUCCACUGAGAUGCGUCCGUUUCUGCACUUUGACGCAGAAAAAGCGGCCGCGGUUGAAGAAGUGGACGAUGCGCUUUGACUGGCUGUGCGCGCUCCCGCGGAAGCGCGCUCACGUUAGGAAGCUCAGCUCAACCGACCUGUGUCAGUCACCGACGUCAGAGUCGUAGGUGCAGAGAAAAUCUAAGAUUAGAAUAAGACAAUAAGAAUCUAAGAAGAUCAAAUACAUACGUAACAAUAACGGAGCCGGAGCCGCUGGAUUUAUAGCAGAACAACAGCCGCACGCAGGUUCUGUCAGAGGAUGUCUCUCCUGGGGAAAAUGACCGAGCAGUGUGCCACUCUGAGCUGUAUUAGAGGCAAGCUGAGGAGAACUGGGCUCUUCUGCUACUUCAGCCUGCUUAUUUUCAUCUUGACUCUAAUAUCCUUUAGAUAUUUGCCCCACUAUGGUUCUUUAUCAAAGGUCAGAAGGAGGAGGAUCACCUUCAACGACACACUUGACUACGGGGCCAGACCAGCGGUUGAGACUCGCACAUCUUGGAACGCUCCCAUCAUGUGGGAGGGCAUGUUUGACCCCAACCUGUACGACCAAGCUCACGUGGAGCUCCAGACAUCGGUGGCUCUCACUGUGUUUGCUGUGGGCAGGUACCUGGACGCUUACCUCAACACCUUCCUGGUUUCUGCAGAGCAGCAUUUCAUGCUGUCGCUACCGGUGACGUACUACGUGUUUACUGACCACCCAGAGAAGGUACCAAAACUUAAACUGGGCCCUCAGCGCAGCCUGAAGGUUGUCCAGGUGAAACGAUACUCCAGAUGGCAGGACAUCUCCAUGAUGCGCAUGAAGACCAUCUCAGAGACCAUAGACAAGGAGAUCGGCCGGCGCUUCGAUUACAUCUUCUGCUUCGACGUGGAUCAGGAGUUCAAGGGAAGGUUUGGCUCCGAGGCUCUGGGGGAAUUUGUGGCUCUGCUUCACGCUCAUUACUACAAACUUCCCAAGGAGCGAUACACGUACGACAGGAACCCCAAGUCCAAAGCGUUCAUGGAGGACGGAGAUUACUACUACCACGCUGCCAUCUUUGGAGGCUUCUGUGAAAACGUCAAGCAUCUGGCUGACAGCUGCCUGAGAAACAUCAUAGAGGACAAAAUUAACGACGUGGAGGCAAAGUGGCACGACGAGAGUCACCUCAACAAGCACUUCUGGCUUCACAAGCCAAGCAAGCUGCUCUCUCCCGAGUACUGCUGGGACCCGAGCAUCGGAGACAACGGGGACAUCCAGGUCUCCCGCCUGGUUUGGGCCCCGAAAAAUUACGACAAACUGCGAACUUAACGCAGCAGCAGAGACGUGACGAUGUCAGACUGCUGUGUAGCUGCUGGUCCCGUGGGACGCGGCCGGCUUAUCUCCCUUCCUCCAGCAUCCUGUCUCCACCCAGUUCCUUCAGCUUCUGCUACAGUCAGCAGCCACUUCAUCUCUGUUUGUAGCCAUCACUUGGAACGUGCACUCGAGGAAGUUUAUGCAGUCAGGUCAGUAUGAACUGUGCAGAUCAUUUCUCCCGUCACACAUGUAACAUGAGUAACAGAGCAGAAGGACUACACCGGCUGAACAGAAGCGCAUUCAUUAGAACGCUGCGGCACCAUUCAACCACUCAACUCCCACUGAAAAGUUGAGUGAACUAAGCUAAAGAACGAAUGCACUAAACCCAGAGGGAAAACAGCGUGCGUGCGUGCGUGCGUGCGUGCGUGCGUGCGUGCGUGCGUGCGUGCGUGCGUGCGUGCGUGCGUGCGUGCGUGCGUGCGUGCGUGCGUGCGUGCGUGCGUGCGUGCGUGCAUUAAUGUGAGUGAAUGUCAAGUCAAGCCAGUUGAUAGUGUGGAGCCAGUUCUGUUGUCUUUAAUUUACUGUUGUUGUGUGAGGGUGAUGUUAAUUUAAAACUCAGUGUUGAGGUCAUUUAUGAAGAAUCAGGGAUCUGUUUAUGUCUUCGGCUUUAAUCAUUUUGUUCGUUUUUUUUACUAUUUUUAAGUUUUGGGGUUUUGGUUCUUGCUCUGGAAAAACUUGUGCAGUGCUUUUAACUGUGAAAUGAAGUUAAGGCUCCGUCUCUAUUUGUAUUCAGCUAAUGAUGAGCUACUUGUAGCUUCUAUGGGAUCUCGUAGCAUUUAUUACUGGUUUGCCUUAAAUGCAGACAUUUUAUUGUAGUAAUAAAUCUUACAAGUUUA